CCCACAGAGCCAAUUCCCGAUACAUUAUCAAUUAUAUAAAUAACAUAAACUGAACUCCUAAGCAGGGUUCUUUUUAUAAAUUUAUUAUUUAUUUAUUGUGGAAAAAGAACAAUAAUAAUAUGGGGAUGUCUAAAAGUAUCAAGGUUAUCCUAUCUCUUGCUCUUGUAGUGUUCUUGGCACUUGCAGGAACCAAGGUUGAGGCCUCCGUAAGAUACAUAACUUAUCCUGCUAUCGAUCGUGGAGAUCAUGCUGUACAUUGUGACAAAGCCCACCCUAACACCUGCAAGAAGAAACAAGCAAAUCCUUACAGGAGAGGAUGCGGAGUGCUCGAAGGUUGCCAUCGUGAAACAGGUCCAAAGCCCACCUAACAGCAUUAAAUAUACAUUUGGUUGACAUGUUUCUCAUUGGAGUAUUUGGUUAUUUGUAUACACUCUUUACAUCCUCAUAUUCAUCUGUUAAUUUGGCUUUGUAAUUGAUUGUAAUCACAUCGUGUUAUGGUCAAUCAUAUAUAAAUAUUUUAACGAUAUA